GCGGUGGGCGUCACCACUCUGGCAAGAGAGAGAGAGAGAGAGAGAGAGAGAAAAAGGCAAAGCGAGCGAGAAAGAGGUCGGCGCAAUCGUCUUUGCCGCCAAUCAUGUCGUCUGCUCCUCCUCCUCCUCGCAAUUAACCCUCGUCCACACGAAAAUAUAAGCCAAAAGCUUCGAUCUCUUCCCGUUCCUUUCGUACCAUUUCCGAUAAUUAUUAUUUUUUCCUGUUAUCGGAAAGAAGAAUCGAUCGAUCGGUCUCCAGAUCUAGGGUUCCUUAUUGCCCUCUCUCUCUCCUUUUCUUCUCCGAUCUCUACUUUAUUCCGGUUCUUUGUUCUCCACUUCUGUUUGUGGGAAUCGAUUCCAACCAUGAGCGCCGUGGGCGAGCAGGUGGCGGCAGCGGCAGCAGUAGCGGUGAAAGAGGCCGAUAAAGAGAAGAGGCGGCGGCGGCGCCAGAACCGCCGCCCCAAGCAGAACUCGGCCUUCCUACCAGAUGGAGGGUGCGGGUCUGUGGACUCGGCGUGCGGGCGGCCAGAGAUUUGGACUGGCAUCAUGGGCGCCAGCCUAAUCAGCGCGUCCGAAAUUGCCUUCACUUCCCUGCCCGCUAUGCACUUGAACGGCGACGUGGAUGUGGCGGGGUUGAACUCCACAUCGCCACCUGCCGGCGUGGUUGGCGGGGAAAUCUCGAAAUCGUGCCCCUUGCCAGCUUCCUCGUUUCCUGUAGAUGAGGUCAAUGUUGGUGUGGCAGCUCCUCCUCGCAAUUCAAAGAAGUAUUUUGAUCCUCAUUGGUCAGACCAGGCUGUUGAAGAGGCGAUCGAGAAAGGUCGCGCCUUUAAAGCAACAUUUCGUGUGAAUGCAUACAACCGGCUUGAGGCCUACUGUACCAUAGAUGGUCUCCCCGUGGAUGUUCUUAUCAAUGGAGUUGCUGCCCAAAAUAGAGCGAUAGAAGGUGAUAUCGUUGCUGUAAUGUUGGAUCCUGUUGCAUACUGGACGAAGUUGAGAGGAUUAAGUAUGCGUAGCAGUCCUGUUGCAUCAGGUGGUUCAGAUUUUCCAACUGAGACCAGUGAAGUGAUUGACAAAAAUGACGCCAAGAAAGAACAAGUUGAUGCCAACUGCAAAUCCUAUACUCCUGGUAAUGGCAUGCACCCAAUGAACAAGGGGUAUCAAAAUCAUGAAAACAGUGGUUUUAGUGAAGCUGUUAGUAAUGAUAUUGGAAAUGGAUCUGUGACAUCUGAUAACAGGAACAGCGGAUGGAACUCUAAGUCUUCAACAGGUUCAACUAGAAAUUGGGAAUCUGAGCAGGGAGAAGCUGCAAGAGCUUUAGAGAGAAUACAUGCAAUGAUAAGUUCUAACCAAUCAAAACGACCUACUGGUAGAGUCUUGUCUAUCAUCAGGAACUCUCCUCGCCGUGGGGCAGUGAUUGGUUUUCUUGCUUUGAAGCCAUGGCUUCCUGAAGAGGAAGAAAAGAGCAACGGACAGUUGUCUAAGAAAAACAAGGAAUCUGUAUUUUCAGCUGGCUUGGACUACAUACAGCUGGUACCUACGGAUUCUAAAUUCCCAAAGAUGGUAGUUUCUGUGAAAAGACUUCCAGAUUGUGCAAAGGAAAGACUUAAGAAUGGUGACAUAUCAAUUGAAACUGAAUUAGUUGCUGCUCAAAUAGAUGAGUGGAAUGAAGAAAAUAUUUGCCCCAAAGCCCAAGUUGUUCAUAUAUUGGGACGAGGCGGGGAAAUUGAACCUCAUAUAAGUGCCAUAUUGUUUGAACAUGCGAUAAGUGUUGCAAACUUUACUCCUGAGUCAUUGGCUUGUCUUCCAAAUGUGCCAUGGAAGGUUCCUGUGGAGGAAUGUAAAACUAGAAAGGAUCUUAGAAACAUUUGCACAUUUACAAUUGAUCCUUCUUCUUCUAAUGACUUGGACGAUGCAUUAUCUGUUGAGAAAGUGUCUGAUAAAAUAUUCCGAAUUGGUGUUCACAUUGCUGAUGUUUCAUGCUUUGUUCUCCCAGACACAGCCUUGGAUGCUGAAGCCCAAGUUCGGUCAACCAGUGUAUAUAUUUUACAACAUAAACUGCCAAUGUUGCCUCCAAGACUUUCUGAAGUGUGUUCCCUUUUGCCAGGUGUGGAUAGGCUUGCCUUCUCGAUUAUUUGGGACAUUAAUGACUCUGGAAACAUCAUCCAGUGCUGGAUUGGACGGUCUGUGAUUUGUUCAUGCUGCAAGCUAUCAUAUGAUUACGUGCAGGAUAUCAUUGAUGAAGGAUUUGAGAUUGAUCAAUUUGGUCUUUCUGGAAAACUGCAUCCUGAAUUGUGUGGGCAGUUUGAAUUCAAGGAUGUUAUUCAAUCUGUUAGAAGCCUUCACGAGAUCUCUAAGAAGCGGAGGGAGAUUAGAUUUAAACAGGGAGCCCUUGGGCUCCAGAAUCCUAAGCUUGUCUUCUUGUUUGAUGAGAAUGGGACUCCAUAUGAUAGCUUUCUUGACGAGAGAAAACAGUCCUGUUCACUUGUUGAGGAAUUUAUGCUGUUGGCAAAUAAAUCAGUUGCAGAGGUUAUAUCCAGGGCUUUUCCUGAUUGUGCUCUACUUCGGAGGCAUCCUGAACCUAACCUAAGGAAACUUCAAGAGUUUGAAGCAUUUUGUAGCAAACAUGGUUUCGAGUUAGAUGCUUCAUCAUCUGGCAAACUUCACCUAUCACUAUCUAAAAUAAGAGAGAAACUAAAGGAUGAUCCUGUGCUGUUUGACAUUCUAGUCUCAUAUGCUUUGAAGCCUAUGCAGUCAGCAACCUACUUCUGCUCGGGAGAUUUAAUAGGCAGGGAAAAUGAGUGGGCACAUUAUGCACUGUCAGUUCCACUCUAUACACAUUUCACUUCUCCAUUGCGGAGAUAUCCUGAUAUUGUUGUACAUCGAACAUUAUCUGCGGUUGUUGAAGCUGAAGAAGUUUAUGUGAAGCAAAGACAGACUUUGGUUACAGUUAACAAUGGCCAAAUAUCUGGUGAUGGAAUUGUUGGUCGAUGCUUUAGUGGUCUUUAUUUUGAUAAUGAUGUUGCAGAAUCUGAGCAAGUUAGAGAAAUACUAUUAUCUGCUGCUUUGAAAUAUAAAGUUCCUGGAUCUGAAGUGCUUGCAGAAGUUGCUGCAUAUUGUAAUGAAAGAAAACAAGCUAGCAAGCAUGCUGAGGAAGCUGGAGAAAAGCUUUAUCUCUGGACUCUAUUGAAGAGGAGGGAGGUGCUGCUUUCUGAAGCCAGGGUUCUGGGACUGGGACCAAGAUUCAUGACAGUUUACAUAAACAAUUUUGCUCUCGAGAGGCGGAUAUAUUAUGAUGAAGUUGAAGGCUUGGCUGUUGAGUGGUUGGAAACUUCUGGUACAUUAGUUCUGGAUAUACCAAAGACUAAACCCUUCCAGAGAAGGGUUAUCCCUGGGAAAUUACGUGUAAUCGAAGAUGUAGCCUUGGUGCUGAACACAUCUGGGUUGGUUAUACCUGAAGAAGAAAAUGAAGACAACACCACCUUACCUAGUACUUCCAAUCUACUCCCAGCAGUUCCUGCAGCAGAAAACGAUGCAACUGUUCCCCUGUGCUUUCCUUUGGUGCUCCGACUUCUAUCCACCAUUCCCGUUGCUCUUCAUGCGGUUGGGGGGGAAAAAGGUCCAGUAGAUAUCGCGGCAAGACUGUAUAUGUGCUCGUACUUCAAAUGAGGUCAGAAGAUGCUCAGAAAGCAUGAGAAAUAUGCACACACACACACACAAGUGGAAUAUUUCUGUCGACAGAAAUCAAGGUCAUGGAUGGAGGAUUCGACGACUUAAAUGGGGUUGUACUGUGUAGAUAUAACAUCCAUGUGUAGUUGUAGGAUAGCGACACCGAGGAACCUUAAAAGUAGAUGGAUGUUUGUUAAUAAUGUACUUGGAAAGGUCUCUCCUAGAGGAAGAUUUAAAUUUCUGUUUUGAGGUAGUGGUUGGUUUGGAGUUUCAGGUGGCCUGACUUUUUUAAUCAGCCAGCUGCUUGCUGGAGUUGGGAUUUGCUUAGGGCUAUUUUUCAAAUUGGGCAAAUCCUACCCAGGGUGCUCCUGACCUCCACUUUCUAUGUUAUGAACUAUAGCCCAUCUGUGUUUUUGGUUGGUGGGCUUGAUUGUAGUAAUCUGUUUCACUUCCCAUGUUCCCAACUCUGGAUUAUUACUGCCUAAAACUAUACAUUUCAAGUGCUUUCAUA